CGGGGCGGGGGCGGGGGCGGGACGGGCGGCGAGCGCGGCUGGCCCAGGGGGACCGCGACCAGAUCUGUUUCUAUCAGAUUUUCACCAAGAAGCAGCUCACGGUGUAGGAUUUCUCACACUAUUGAUGUAGAUCAGAUACCAUGAUUCAAUAGAGACACAGGUCGGGGCAGUGAAGUGCCUGCUGCUGAAGGAUGAACGGAGAAGAGGAAUUCUUUGACGCCGUCACAGGCUUUGAUUCUGAUAACUCUUCUGGGGAAUUUUCAGAAGCAAAUCAGAAGGUCACUGGAAUGAUCGACUUGGACAGCAGCAAAAGUAAUAGGAUUGGGAAAAUUGGGGAGAAGCCCCCUCAGGAGAAUGGAAUUCAAAAACACAGGACGUCCCUGCCUGCCCCGAUGUUCACCAGGAGUGACUUCAGUGUCUGGAGCAUCCUGAAGAAGUGCAUUGGCCUGGUGAGCUCACAUGGCUACUCUUCAAGCAUGGAGCUGUCCAAGAUCACGAUGCCAAUAGCUUUCAACGAGCCUCUGAGUUUCCUCCAGCGGAUUACAGAGUACAUGGAGCAUGUGUACCUCAUCCACAAAGCCUCCCACCAGUCCCAGCCCCUGGAAAGGAUGCAGUCUGUAGCUGCCUUCGCGGUUUCUGCCGUGGCUUCCCAGUGGGAGAGGACUGGCAAACCAUUCAAUCCACUCUUAGGAGAAACAUAUGAAUUAAUCAGGGAAGAUUUAGGAUUCAGAUUUAUAUCUGAACAGGUCAGUCACCACCCCCCCAUCAGCGCAUUUUAUUCUGAAGGUCUCAACCAAGACUUUGUGUUUCACGGCUCCAUCUACCCGAAGCUCAAGUUCUGGGGGAAGAGCGUGGAGGCGGAGCCGCGCGGGACCAUCACACUGGAGCUUCUCGAACAUAAUGAAGCCUACACCUGGACCAACCCCACCUGCUGUGUGCACAACGUCAUCAUUGGGAAGCUGUGGAUAGAGCAGUAUGGGAUGGUGGAGAUUUUAAACCACAGAACUGGAGAUAAGUGUGUACUUAACUUCAAACCAUGUGGGCUGUUUGGAAAAGAACUUCACAAGGUGGAAGGGCACAUUCAGGACAAAAACAAAAAGAAGCUGUUUAUGAUCUAUGGCAAAUGGACGGAGUGUUUGUGGGGCAUCGAUCCUGUUUCAUAUGAAUCCUUCAAGAAGCAAGAGCGGAGAGGCGACCACCCGAGAAAGGCUAGGCCGGACGAUGGCUCCCAGAAAGCUAACAGUGACAUGGCUGACGACGUGCCCGUGGUUCAGGAGACCGUGCAGGUCAUUCCAGGCAGCACACUCCUCUGGAGGAUCAACACCCGGCCCCCCAACUCUGCCCAGAUGUAUAAUUUCACCAGCUUCACUGUGAGUCUCAACGAGCUGAAGACAGGCAUGGAGAAGACCCUGCCUCCUACAGACUGCCGCCUGCGCCCUGACAUCCGCGGCAUGGAGAACGGCAACAUGGACCUGGCCAGCCAGGAGAAGGAGCGGCUGGAGGAGAAGCAGAGAGAAGCCCGCAGGGAGCGAGCCAAAGAGGAGGCAGAGUGGCAGACCAGGUGGUUUUACCCAGGCAAUAAUCCCUACACUGGGACUUCCGACUGGUUAUAUGCUGGAGAUUACUUUGAGCGGAAUUUCUCAGACUGCCCAGAUAUCUACUGAGGUGCUGGAGGGUCCGUGGACCCUGAGGUGUGAGGCUGGACUCCCUGGAACGGCCACUCUGAGCUUCGUCACGGCAAAAACCAGCUUUUCUAGCGACUGUGUUCAUGGAGAUAGCAUCACCCCGAUCAAGGAUUUAAUUCUAAUUAACUGUUGAUUGCCAAACAUUUUUACUACUGUGCGGUCUCCUCAUGAAGCUUCACUUGGGAUCAUCAUCUUCAUUAAGGUUAAGAAGGAAGUUCUUCACAGCCGCUUUCACGUGACAGAGACCCGCUGGGGCUUGUUUAGCUUACAGCACUCCCUUAAUUAUAGAAUCUGUAACUAAGGCAAGCAACAGGAAGGGCCCACGUUCUCCACACAGUGCAGUGGCAAAGGAUUUCUGAAAGUAUUUUAAACUUGAGCCAAUAAGGGGGAAAAGAGAAUCUUGAAAACCACCCUGCAGAGAAUUGCUUUCUAAAUCAUGGUGACACGAAAAGGAAGAUUUCCAAAGCACCAGAUUAAAUGGAAUGAAAAGUU